AUGCUCAUGUGCUCAUCCCAGGGUAGCAAUGCUGUCACCAAGUGGCAGAAACUCCAAUUAUUCUACCAAAGCAUUCUGGAAAAUGGAGACAAAAGGACAGACAAUUGGCUGCUGGUCUACUCCCCUGUGCCAAUUACCUGUAUAUUCCUGUGCUACCUGAUCACUGUAUGGGCGGGGCCAAAGCUGAUGGCGAACAGGCGGCCCGUCAACCUCAAACCCGUCCUGGUUGUUUACAAUUUUGCCAUGGUCUGCCUGUCUGCCUACAUGUUCUACGAGUUCACAGCAUCAUCUUGGUUGGCCGGUUACAGUUUGUUGUGCCAGCCGGUCGACUACAGCAACAAUCCAUUGGCUCUACGGAUGGCCAGAGUUUGCUGGUGGUUUUACUUCUCUAAAGUCAUAGAGCUCAGUGACACGAUAUUUUUCAUUCUGCGGAAGAAGAACAGUCAGCUGACAUUCCUCCACGUCUAUCACCAUGCGACCAUGAUCUUUAACUGGUGGGCUGGGGUUAAAUAUGUAGCCGGGGGUCAGUCUUUUCUGAUUGGUCUGAUCAACACCCUGGUCCACAUAGUCAUGUAUUUGUACUACGGGCUCGCCGCUCUAGGGCCACACAUGAAUAAGUAUCUGUGGUGGAAGCGAUACCUCACUUCUCUGCAGCUGCUGCAGUUUUUCGUCGUCACCACGCACACCGCCUACAACCUGCUUGUCGACUGCAACUUCCCCGACUCCAUGAACGCUGUCGUGUUGGCCUAUUCGCUCAGCCUCAUUGUUCUCUUCAGUAACUUUUACUGCCAAAGCUACCUCACAAAGAAGACCAAAAGCACUUAAGGGACACAAGGGAUGCAAAAAAUAAUCAAGUCAAACAGAAAAGAAACUGUCUUAAACCAAGAAAACGUGCCAGAAGAGCCAACAGUCGGAUAUGGCCGAAGCUUGAGACGACACAGACUGGAUAUUGAUACAGAGUUCUGUAUUCUACGGUACCACUCUGAUGCUAUAUUUUGAAUAUGGUAAUCACUGGGCAAUCAUUGGAAGCGGCUUUCUAGUAAAAGUUCAAGUCUCACCAUAGAUCUUUGGAAAAAUUACCCCAAAAAAUCUUUUUUGGGGCACACACAGGUAAUAUUUUCAGGUUAUGUACCUUAAAUGACAUCUAAUGCUUGAUGUAUUUAAACAUAUGGUCAAUGUUUAAGUGAAACUACUCAGUAGUAUUUCUGACUUCUUUAUUGGCCCCAGUUAUUUA